UCUAGGAAGGCAUUGCCUUCUUUCUAGUGGAUGAACUUUAUUUUCAAUGAAGAUCCAGACCUUAGACUUAAUUUUACCACAGAUUAAUUUACAAACAGCUAAAUGUUUUCCACCUAAAUCAGCAGCAUUCAUCUGUGAAGGAAGGAGGCUGUGAAGCACACAACUAUUUAGCAGUGGGUGUUUACUUCCGAGUCUACAACGGUGAGAAGAAACUUCCUUACAGACAAAAUCUAUAUACAGUAUAGAUAGAAGGGGAUCAUUUGGAGGUACUUUGCUUAACAUUCUGAGCAUCGUCAAGUCAUACUUUGACUUACUCUUUAAACUAACUUUUAGCUUGGCGUCGGCGAUAACGUUGCAUUUGACACGAACAGAAGUCACACACGCUGAAAGUUUAUGGUGUGUGAAAUGGCUUUAUCGGCAGUAAAAAUGUAAAUCAUGCAGCGCGGAGUAACCGCCGGCUCGAGCACGGCUCACACUUCUCGGGCAUCAGACGAAGAACAAUGUCGUGCGGGCUGAGUCUCAAUCAGACUUCCCGGAUUCUGGAGGUGAUUUUCUGCGCGCUGUCGCUGAUCAUCUCGAUCUUUCGCGGCCCCAUGUACAGCCCGUACGGGAUCUGGUGCGAGUUCGUCUGGGUGUUCGGACUCAUCGUGGCUGUGGUGAUCUUCGUCGUCGAGAAGUGCCUGGUGGAUAAACUGAUCGAGCUCCUCGUGCUGAAGCACUCUUGGAACGACCUCUCCUGCGGACUGAGCCUUCUGUCGUCCCUCAUGCUUUUGUCUGCGUGCCUCAUCUACUGCGCCAAGUUUGUGUGCGCAAUAUGCGUCGUGGACAUCAUCUGCGCCAUCGCCUCCAUUUUGGCGCUGGCCGCGUACGUGGUUGACGCCGUGAUGUUAAAACUCAAAUGUCCCGCAGGUUACCUGUCCAACCUACGAGGCAUCCUGCGCUUCAGCCAGGCUUUUGUGGCCUGUCUCAUCUUCACCGCGGUGUACAGCUACUUCAAAGGAGUGGAAAACCAGUUCCGGCCUGGCGGUAUGAUCUGGUGCAUUGUGGUCUACGUGGUUUGCUUCCCUCCGACCGUGAUGGUGAUCCCGUCACACCUGCAGAAGUGCGUGGACCUGCUGCGAUGCUGCGAUCUCAAUAAGUUGGAGUUGGUGCUCGACAUCGUCGCUGUCGCUCUGUACGUCUCGGCAGCCAUCAUCUGGCCUGUGUUUGGAUAUAAACACUACAGGAGAGACUCCAAAACCAACGAUUAUCGCUUUCACGACCUUAAUCUGGUCACAACCAUGACGUAUGUGAACUUGGGGCUUUACCUCGCGGACCUCGUUUGGACUUUGAUUGUGAUUUGUAAAAAACGGUAGACGCGCUUUAGGGUUAGACGUUGCACAAACAUUGCAUGAAUGUUAAGCCAGUUUUGUGUGGAAGGGGGUCUUUUUAUUUAAAGCGAAUUAAAGGAGUAAUAAAAUAUAAUAAAUAAGAUAAUAUAUACAAGAUUAUCACGUUGCAUUGACUCACAAUCCUAUGCCUUUUUCGAAAAUGGCUUCGUUAACAUUCAGUAGCAAGUUAAAUGAUAGCCAAUCAAUGACAGCGUAUGUUUUCAAUUCAAAAUGGCUAAAUCUGAGCAGUUUUGUGUCAUUGCAUAGGCUACUACAACAUCUGUCGAAUAUUAAACGUUUCA